AUGAUGCAGUUCCCGACAUGGGAUGAUUAUUACAUGGCAACUGCUUUCCUUGCCGCAUUGAGAAGCAAGGAUCCAGUUACGAAAGUCGGUGCUGCUUGCAUUGUGAACGAUGAGAAGAAAAUUGUGGGAAUCGGGUACAAUGGAUUCCCCAUCCGAUGCAGCGACGACGUGUUUCCGUGGACCAAAGACACUGCCGAUCCACUAAACAGUAAAUACCUGUACGUGUGCCAUGCCGAAGUGAAUGCGAUUAUGAACAAAAACAGUGCCGAUACAAAGGGAUGUGAUCUGUACGUGGCUCUGUUUCCAUGCAAUGGCUGCUCGAAAAUGAUCAUCCAAUCUCGAAUCAAAAAAGUUAUUUAUUUUUCCGACAAAUACGCUGAUAUGCCGACAACGAUUGCUUCAAAAAAAUUGCUAGACGCGGCAGGAGUAGAGUACGUGAAAUUCACUUCAUCAACACUGAAUGGCCGCAUUGAGUUGAAUUUUCGGGAUAUUAACAAUAUUGGCCAAUUAAAUCUGAACGAACAGCAGGCUUCAAGAGACUACUUACGUUGGUCGGAUUAUUUCAUGUCGGUGGCUGUAUUGGCGUCUUACCGGAGCAAAGUAGCUGGCAAUCAGAUGGGCGCUUGUAUAGUUAACUCCGAUAAUAAAAUCGUUGGUAAAUGA